UCAAUAAAACACGUCCUCCUGCUUUGCUAUCCUCUACAACUUCACCCGAGAGGCCGCUUGAGCUGAGCUAGUUUUUGGCGCCAUCUGGCGGCCGACCGGUAAUGUCACGUUGCUAAGCUGUUUUCUUUUAAGUGAACCAGGCGGGUUAAAUUACCGUCUGUCAGGUCAGCCCGAGAAAACCUGUUAGCUGUGUGUAUCCGUUUCCCGAGAGCCGACUUUUCUUCCAGAGAAACCUUUUGUUAGUGUAAUUUGCUCAUAAAGCCUGGAGCCGCCGCUCUGUGUAGCGAUGGCUGCUAGUUGUUUUCCUCACAUUCAGGACAAGGAGAGAAAGUUCAGACCUCAUAUCAGACACACGGAGCCUAUUCUGACUGAGUGUGGCCUUGACUGGAAAUCUCGUUUGCGUUGGAUUCCUGAACCUCGUUACAGCGAUGCCCCUUUUCCUCAAAUUAAAGACAUUAAAUUCCCCAAUCAAAUCAAACUAAUGAGGUCCUUCCCACAGGCCAACAUGGUGUCCCAGUCAGAGUGGACCUUUUACCCAAACCUUGGUCAACCAGUGACCUUCCAUGAUGGAAAGCGGUGUUUUAUAGAUACAGUUCAUCAUGGAUCCAAGAGAUGCACCUCAGAACAGACUCUAGAGUCGACCAUAGGUAGCAAAAGAAAGGUGGAACCUGGCUUUGGCUACGCAACAGGUUCCAGGACCUAUCUAAUACCAGAGUACAGCCCUAACUUUUACAAGCUUGGAUCAACACUACCAAAAUCUAAUUUUGGGUAUCCCGCCACCUUUAAAGCAGAUACAUUUAUUCCCCUCCAGCCCCUGUCAGAAAAGCUCUGCUUGUCUUAUGCAGAGAAAAAGAAGAUUCUGGAGCGAGACGAAGAAAUUCUUGAAGUAAAUGACCUUAACAAAUGGAGACCAGCAGCUCCGCUCUUUGAAAGCUUUGUAAUAGAACGCAGACCAUCUCAGGCUCUUUAGAUAAACCCCGCCCUGCGAUGGACUGGCGACCUGUCCAGGGUGUAUCCUGCCUUCCGCC